AUGGGCAGCCGCGCCGGAGCGCGCCGGGCGGCCGCGGCACUGGGCAUCACCGGGCUGCUGUGCGCCGGGCUGGGCGCCGUCAUGAUCGCCCUGCUCCCUAAGCUCAUCCACCAGCAGGUCCUCAAGAAUGUGCGCAUCGACCCAAGCAGUCUGUCCUUCAACAUGUGGAAGGAGAUACCUGUCCCGUUCUACCUCUCUGUCUACUUCUUCCACGUGCUCAACCCCAACGAGAUCCUGAAGGGCGAGAAGCCGCAGGUGCAGGAGCGCGGGCCCUACGUGUACAGAGAGUUCAGGCACAAGAUCAACAUCACUUUCAACGACAAUGACACGGUGUCCUUCCGGGAGCACCGCAGCUUUCAGUUCCAGCCCAGCAGGUCCGGCGGCUUGGAGAGCGACUACAUCGUCAUGCCCAACAUCGUGGUCCUGGCUGCAUCCACGAUGAUGGAGCACAAGCCAGCGCCCCUGAAGUUUUUGUUGACGGUGGGCCUCAGCACCAUGGGGGAGCGUGCCUUCAUGAACCACACUGUGGGCGAGAUCAUGUGGGGCUACAACAGCCCCCUGUUGAACUUCAUCAGCAACAACCUCCCAGACAUGUUCCCUGUCAAGGGUAAAUUCGGCCUGUUCGCCGAGCUCAACAACUCCGACUCCGGGCUCUUCACCGUGUUCACGGGUGUCAAGGACCUCAACAGGAUCCACUUCGUGGACAAGUGGAACGGGGUCAGCAAGGUCAACUUCUGGCGUUCCGACCAGUGCAACAUGAUCAACGGAACCUCUGGACAAAUGUGGCCACCGUUCAUGACCCCCGAGUCCUCGCUGGAGUUCUACAGCCCAGAGGCCUGCCGGUCCAUGAAGCUGGUGUACAAGGAGGCAGGGGUGUUCGAAGGCAUCCCCAUCUUCCGCUUCAUGGCUCCCCCCACCUUAUUUGCCAACGGAUCUGUCUACCCACCUAACGAGGGCUUCUGCCCGUGUCUGGAGUCCGGGAUUCAGAACGUGAGCACCUGCCGAUUCGGUGCACCUCUGUUUCUUUCCCAGCCUCACUUCUACAAUGCAGACCCCAUCUUGGCUGAGGCGGUGACUGGCCUUCACCCAAACAAAAAAGACCAUUCCUUAUUUCUGGACAUUCACCCGGUCACCGGGAUCCCCAUGAACUGCUCGGUGAAGCUGCAGCUGAGCAUCUACAUGAAGGCCAUCAGGGGCAUCGGGCAAACCGGCAAAAUCAAUCCCGUGGUCCUGCCCCUGGUGUGGUUUGAAGAGAGUGGCGCCAUGGAGGGCGAGACCCUGCGAGUCUUCUACAAGCAGCUGGUGCUGCUGCCCAAGGUGCUGCACUACCUCCAGUACGUGCUCCUCGCCGUGGGCUGCGCGCUGCUGCUCUUUCCCGUGGUGUACCAGAUCCGGAGCCAGGAGAAAUGUUAUUUAUUUUGGAGUAGUAGUAAAAAGGGCUCAAAGAAUAAAGAGGCCAUUCAGGCUUAUUCCGAAUCCUUGAUGACCACGCCUCCCAAGGGGACUGUACUGCAAGAAGCAAAGCUCUAG